CCCAUUUUGACUCUUGGACACACUGCAUAUCGACUAGCGUCUGCUUAUCUGAAACCUAACCCUUCUUCUCCGUUCCGAUCGAAUCUUCUACUCCGAAUCCAUCCAUGGCGGAAUCCGAUAAGACCAACUCUUUAUCUGAGGAUUAUCUUCUUAAGGAUAUAGAAGAGAAGCUAAACGUAGGUACGGAACCUGGGGACAAAAGUGCUGAAAAGGAUGCUGUCACUGCAGAUCCUGUUGAGUCUCCUGCCGCUACAGAUUCUGUCGAGUCCUCCGACAAUUCUGCAGUCAGUGAAAGUGUCACUGCAUCUGCAGAUAGCAGCCAAGGUUCUGAUGCUGCUGCUGAAGAAAAUGUCGUGGAAACCGACAGUUCUGAUAAGGAUGUCCCUGUGCCGCCUCCAGCUGCUACCGAAGAAAGCAGUGAAAAUGCCGAAGAAGGAAACAUCGAUGAAGAAAAACCAGAGAUAAAGCUGGAGACAGCCCCUGGAGAUUAUCGUUUUCCAACUACAAAUCAAAGCAGGCACUGCUUUACCAGAUACGUUGAGUACCAUCGGUGUGUGGCUGCAAAGGGAGAAGAUGCUUCUGAAUGUGAUAAGUUUGCAAAAUACUAUCGGUCACUUUGCCCAGGCGAAUGGGUGGACAGAUGGAAUGAACAAAGAGAGAAUGGUACAUUCCCAGGCCCUCUGUAGAAUGAAUGAAGAAUUCCAGAAGCAAAUUCUUGAGAUUACAGUGAGAAACUUAAUAAACCAUGUUUUAAAACCGAAUCGGUUCGAGUUAUGUGACCAUUUGACUCCCAUCUUUUUUGUAAUAUUCCAUCAAGAGGAUCUGAUCUGAGUUUCAUGAUUGAACAUGAUAUCCUUACAAAUUAUAAUAAUCCCUUUGUUUUCAUGGACCA